AAUGAAUGGAAGAUGCCGUCAGGUAUGAGAACACCUGCAGUGCUUUUCCAGCUCAUGUUGGUUUUUGUGCUUAUAUUCCUGGUUUGUGAGGCACGAUUAUUCACAAACCAUUGGGCGGUGAGAGUUACUGGAGGACGAGAAAAUGCAGAUCAGAUUGCUGAAAAGUAUGGAUUUCUGAAUAUGGGACAGAUUGGGGAUCUGAAGGACCACUACCAUUUCCUGCACCCAAGAAUCAUCAAACGUUCCACCUUAGCAAGCAGAGGGAAGCAUAGCCUCAUUUCCACGGAGAACAAGGUGCAAUGGAUCCAGCAGCAGAUGCUUCACAGGAGGGUGAAACGAAUCAGCAGAACCAGAGAGUCGCAGUUCAGCGGCUUUAACGACCCCAGAUGGGACAGCAUGUGGUACAUUCGCUGUGAUCAGAACUGCCUGACUGACAUGAACAUUAAGGCUGCAUGGAGUCGAGGCUACACCGGGAAAGGAGUCGUGGUCUCUAUUUUGGAUGAUGGUGUUGAGAAGCAACAUCCAGACCUGAAACAGAACUAUGAUCCGCGAGCUAGCCACGAUGUCAACGGCAACGAUGCUGAUCCAACACCACGAUACGAUGCCACAAAUGAAAACAGACAUGGAACGAGAUGUGCUGGAGUUGUGGCUGCUACUGCUAACAAUUCACUGUGCACUGUUGGAAUCGCAUACAAUGCCAGGAUUGGUGGUGUCCGGAUGUUGGAUGGUGACAUGACAGAUAUGGUGGAGGCCAAAUCGCUGAGCCUGAGACAGCAGUACAUUGACAUUUACAGCUCGAGCUGGGGGCCGGAGGAUGACGGUAGAACCGUGGACGGUCCCGGGCGACUCGCUGGUCUUGCUUUAGAAAGCGGCACACGUAAAGGCAGGAAAGGUCGUGGUUGCAUCUUUGUCUGGGCAUCAGGAAAUGGGGGAAGAAAUCAGGACCACUGCUCAUGUGACGGUUACACAAACAGCAUCUAUACCAUCUCAGUGGGAAGCACCACCAGGAGUGGCCGCAAGCCCUGGUAUCUGGAGGAGUGUUCCUCCACUCUGGCCUCCACCUACAGCAGCGGCGAGAGCCUCGGGAUUGUGACAACAGACCUGAAACAGCGAUGUACCGAUGAGCACUCCGGCACCUCGGCCUCAGCCCCCAUGGCUGCCGGAAUCAUCGCUCUGACUUUGGAGGCAAAUCCUUUGCUGACCUGGAGGGAUGUGCAGCACAUCGUCGUGAAGACGGCACGCCGGGGCCACCUGAUUGCACCUGACUGGCACACCAAUGGAGCAGGAAACGAUGUGAGCCACCUGUACGGCUUCGGGUUGAUGGACGCCGGGGCGAUGGUGAAAGAAGCCGAGACGUGGAGACAGGUUCCAGAACAACAUGUGUGUGAAGAGAGCAUCGUUCACAUACCAAGAGUUAUUAGCCUGGACCGGGUGUGGCGUUUGGGGCACAAGUCUUUCGGUUGCUCUGGCCAGACUGGCAGACAUGUGACGUAUCUGGAACAUGUGAUCCUACGCAUCACGAUCGCACACCCACACCGUGGAGACCUGUCCAUAUCAUUAACCUCUCCCUCAGGGACCAAAUCUCAGCUCCUGGCCGUCCGACCCAACGAUCACUCCACUGAGGCAUUCACAAAUUGGGAGUUCAUGACCACACACUGCUGGGGUGAGAGAGCUGCUGGAGACUGGAUCGUAGAAAUCAGAGACUCUCCGUCCAUCAAGAGGAACGGCCAAGUACACGGUAAACUUAUAGAAUGCAGUCUAGUGCUUUAUGGUACCUCCGAGCAUCCGUACAAACGGCAUGAACAACCCCGGUCAGCCGAGAUGUCCAGCGAUGAUGACAGUGAAGAAUAUAACAGCUCCUGUGAUCCAGAAUGUAGUAAAGACGGCUGUGAGGGCCCGGGGCCACAUCAGUGUAUUUCCUGCUUGAACUAUUACGUAAAAUUCAGGAACGGCACCAGGACGUGCGUGUCCGAGUGUCCACAGGGAUUCUGGGGGGACAGGAAGCGGUGUAAGAAGUGUUACUCUACCUGCAUGACUUGUACAGGAAGCCGUGGCGAUCAGUGUUCCUCCUGUAAGCCUGGCUAUUAUCUGGACCAGGAGACGAAGAGCUGUGUGACCGGCUGCGGAGACGGAUAUUACCUCGAUCACGAGGAGAAUGUGUGUUGGAAAUGCAGCGACAAUUGUAGGAAAUGUACAUCGAUCAGUAUCUGCACCGAAUGUCCGGAAGGCACGAGUCUGAUGGGAAACAGAUGCCAGAAGAGCUGUGAGACCGGAACCUUCUUUAAUGAACAGAGCGAUUCCUGUGAGCCGUGUCACUCAGCCUGUGCCACAUGCUCAGCUGCAGGUUUAGAGUCAUGCACUCGCUGUACUGAUGAUUACAUGAUGGAGGAAUGGAAGUGUGUGUCUUCCUGCAGUCAGGGCUUUUAUCCCACACAAACUGCUUCUGAACUCACAGGACAAACUCAGGGUUAUUGCCGAAGGUGUGAUGUGAGCUGUCUAGCUUGUUUAGGACCGAGCAAUAGGAACUGCAGCGAGUGUGUGGAAGGGCUCACGCUUCAGGAUGGAGUGUGUGUGCUGACUCAUGACUGUGCUGAUGGAGAGUACCAGGAUGACCGUGGUCACUGCCACACAUGUGACAGCACUUGUCUUAAGUGCAAAGGACCAAAAUAUAAUGACUGUGUCUCAUGCGCAUCCCCAAGCUUAUUGGAUGAUGGCCAGUGUGUGUUGUUUUGCUCGGAUGGUAAAUACUCGUCUAGUGGACAGUGCCAUGCGUGUGACCUCACCUGUGCCGAGUGUGUGGAUGCCGGCCCAUCCGACUGCACAAGCUGUGACAAAGACAGGUUUGGGCAGGACAGGUACCUGUACAAUGGGGAGUGUGUGACUGCGUGUCCUGUGGCUUACUUCCACACUUCAGUGAAGACAUGUGAAGCUUGUCCAGAGCACUGCAGUCUUUGCUCGUCUGCCACACACUGCCUAAAGUGCAACAGUUCCUACUACCUCAGCCAAGGAACAUGCACGCCUCUGGAGUGUGGAGAGGGCGAGGUCGAAGACCCGGAGUAUGAUGACUGCAUGGCAUGUGAAGAAGGAUGCAAGAAGUGUGUUCUAUAUAAUCCCAAACAUUGUCUAUCCUGCUCUGAUGGCUAUUACAAGUAUGAAGAGGGUUGCUAUCAGAACUGUCCUGCUAAAACCUACACCGUGGACGAGACCAUGACCUGUGUGGCCUGUGAACAUGACUGUGUCAGCUGUGAGGAAGACGAGUGCCACUGGUGCGAAGCGGACUUCUUUCUGUCUGAUGGAAAGUGUGUGCGUGAGUGUCCUGAUGGGUUUUAUGGUGAUGAGGACACCCAGGAGUGUGAGGAGUGUUAUACAGGCUGCAAGACCUGCACAGGACCAGAGGAGGACGAGUGUGAAGCAGAACAGGAGAAGUGUCCUGAUAAAACCUAUCUUACUGAUGAAGGAGAAUGUAAGGCGUGCCAUUCGUCAUGUGAGGUGUGCUGGGGGCCGCUAAAGAAUCAGUGCACUUCCUGCAUCACAGGACGGUAUAUGACUACUGAUCAGCAGUGUGUGACUCGGUGUCCAGCCGGAAGCUUUGGCAGUAAGGAGAGCUGGCAGUGUGAGGUGUGUCCUCAGGGUUGCUCCCAGUGCCAAGAUGAGAAACGCUGCACUCGCUGCUUGUCUACACGCAAGAGCACCCUCUACCUGCAGAACGGACAGUGUGUGCGCCAGUGCUCCAGAGGCAGCUACCCUGCAGGAGCAGUGUGUAAGGGCUGUACACCAGGUUGUGCAUCGUGUGAGCAAAGUGCCACAAACUGUCUGAGCUGUCAGCAGCCGUUAGUGCUUCACAACCACCAGUGCGUGAAAGAGUGUCCUCGUGCACACACACUCCGGGGAAACGAGUGUAUGCCUUGUCCAGAGGGGUGUCUCCUGUGUGCUAAGGAAGGCCAGUGUACAAAGUGUGAAAAGACUUUUCUACAUGAGGCGGCCUGCGUGUCUGCAUGUCCUGGAGGUUUUUAUGAAGAUAUGGAGGAAGGUGUGUGUGAGCGUUGUCACCCAGACUGUGAGCUCUGUCAAGGGCCAGGAUCUGACCAGUGUGACUCCUGCGCCGAUCCUGACAGCACCCUGAGCAGCGGGACGUGUGUGUUAGCCUGUCCCUCACAAACUUACAGAGACAGCAGGUCUGAGGAGUGUAUGGUGUGUCACAGCACCUGCCAGACCUGCUCUGGUCCACUGGAUACAGACUGCACCAGCUGCCCCAAGGACCUAAGAACAGACAUGCAUGGACGCUGUGCCACGCCCACCAGUUGCCCUUCACACCAUUACAGUGAUCGUGAUGGCGCAUGCCAUCUUUGUCACAAACACUGCCAUCAGUGCUCCGGCCCGAACCACAGCCAGUGUCUCAGCUGCUACCCGAACCACCACCUUAUGAACGCUUCCUGUGUGAACGAGUGUCCCACAGGUUUCUUCAGUGGAAUGACUCAGAGAUGUGAGCCAUGCCACCCAAACUGUGUGAGCUGCUCAGGGCGCCACAGCCACGAGUGCCUGAGCUGCAGAGCUCAUCUGUAUCGAGAGGGCAAGGAGUGUGUGGAGACCUGCAGGCCUGGCCACUACGCAGACAAAGACUCACAGGUGUGUGAGCAGUGUGAGCCGAGCUGUGCAGAGUGUACGCAAGCCGAAGGGUGUGUGAGUUGCAGAGAAGGGCUGCUGUUUGUAAAGAAACAGAGCCGGUGUGUGUCCUCCUGUCCACCUCAACACUACCAUGACACAAUCCACAGCACCUGUGAGCCUUGCCACGCCACCUGCAGGACAUGCACAGGUAAAGGGGUGAAAGACUGCAGCUCAUGUCAUCUAGGAGACUCGUUCUCUGAGGGUACCUGUGAUUCGCUCUGUGCCGUGGGGGAGUACUUCGUAUCUGAGCUGGAGAAGUAUUUCAAUUGUAAACCCUGUGAUCAGCCAUGUUUGGCAUGUCAAGGACCUGGUCCAUACAACUGCACCGCCUGCCAGCCACAGUUCAUCCUAGCCGCCGGGGGACGCUGUCUGCCUUGCUGUAGAGUCCAGGAUGCAGGAGAGAAAGACACCUUGGAAGAGCAAGAGGAGUGCUGUAACUGUACACAGACCAGGGGUGAGUGUGUCCUCAGCACAAACUACGCUUUCCGCAACCAUAAGGAACCGGAGCACACAGGCAACAUCUUCAUCUUUGUCACCACUUCCAUCCUGCUAGCCCUGGGUCUCGGUGCUAUAGUCGUGUUCAUCGCACGCUCCUUCGCCAAGCGUCCGGCCCCUGAAACCGCUGUUGCUCGUGGUUAUGAAAAACUAGGCAACAGCGGUGGACGGGACAUUUUCCGCGGAGGUACGACAUCAUCCUCAUCGACGUCAACCAGGCAAGCGGGAGGCUCCGGGUCUGGCUACGGGUGUUUACACGAGGAGCAGCUGGUGGACCUGCGUGACAAGCGGACGGGUCAGAACGACGACGAUGAUGACGAAGACGACGAUGACGAAGAUAUCGUGUACAUGGGUCAGGAUGGUACGGUGUACCGCAAGUUCCGCUAUGGGCAGCUGGCUGAGGACCAGGACGAUCAGCUGGAGUACGACGACGAGAGCUAUAAUUUCAAAUAACCAGCAGCACAUAAUAAAUUAUAUAAAAUGCUACAUUUUGGACGGAGACAAUAAAAGCAUGGAUUAUAGAAGUCAAUGGAUGGCUGUGUAGCUUAACAUGAUUAAAUAAGAUAAUGUAUUUAAUUAUGUCUUUAAACACACAAAUCAGGUAACAACGACUGAGUACAGUUUACUAGCAGUUUGGCAAAAGGUACCAUUGAAUUAACCCUCAUUAAUCUCUAAUGUAUUGCAUUUAGUUUACAUUUGACUGAAAAAUAUACAAAUUUACCGCUUUUUUGUUUUCUGGAAACCAAGUAAACAGAACCAUAAACCUUUAAAACUUUUAAUUGCGUUAUUUUGUGCAUGUACGUGGUGAUUAAGUUGCCAUUUCCUCGGUAGGUCCGUUGCCUUGGUUUUCUGUCAUGGUUUCUGUUGUGGACGUGUUGUUGUGGUCUUAUCUGUAAUGAUUUGCUGAAAUAAAACAUAAAAACAGACCAAAAAAGAAAGAAAGAAGAUGUACAUUCUACAGACAAGGGAAGAAAUCUGCCCAAAGACAAAUAAAUGUAAUUUAUAGCAACAAAAAAGUGUCUAAUAGUAAAAAAAAAUUAUUCUUCUUUAUCAUUAGUAUUAUAUUAGUUCAGAGGUUUGCACAACCACAGCGUGUUAAACUGCCACAUUGUCUCAUAGCUGCAAUUAUUUGUCCCUGCCGUUAAAACGAUCUCUUUCUAU